CGGAGUAUUUGUGCGCACUACGCAGACGCGCCUCUCACGCGCACAAGUCAGUCAGCAGCAGAGGGGAUCCGGGAUUACGGCUGACUUCCACGAUCCGCUUCUCCACCAGGCGCAUCCCCUCUGCCAACAUGUCUAAAUUGGACCAGGUCCUGAUUCUGGACCCUCCCUCCGACCUUAAAUUUAAAGGUCCUUUUACAGAUGUAGUCACCAGUAACCUAAAAUUGAGGAACCCUUCUGACAGAAGAGUGUGUUUCAAAGUGAAGACGACGGCACCACGUAGGUACUGUGUACGGCCAAACAGCGGAGUCAUCGACCCCGGAGCAACUGUCGUCAUUUCGGUUAUGCUUCAACCAUUUGAAUAUGACCCCAAUGAAAAAAGUAAGCAUAAAUUCAUGGUGCAGACAAUUUUCGCCCCACCAAAUGUUUCCGACAUGGACUCGUUGUGGAAAGACGCAAAACCCGAUGAGCUCAUGGAUUCCAAGCUGAGAUGUGUCUUUGAGAUGCCUUCUGAAAAUGAUAGAGUGAAUGAUGUUGAGGUGGCAAGAGCUGUCCCGGUGAUGAACUUGGCGAGAGCGGAGCCGACGUCGACCACAAGUCCCGCAGCUGUAGCAGCGGAUGAUGCCGAGGUAAAGAGAGUGCAAGAGAAGUGCAGGAGGCUGCAGGCCGAGGUCAACAAGCUGACGGAGGAGAACCGACAGUUAAAGGAUGACGUUAACAAACUCAGAAAAAUGCCUCGCUCAGACCACAUGACUGCAAACUCCACCAACCUCGUCGGCCGAGAACACACCAUCGCCUAUUUGCCCUCCCUGCUUGUUGUCUUAGCAGCGAUCUUCAUUGGCUUUUUCUCUGGAAAAUUCAUAUUGUAGACUGGGGGAAUGCAUGCCAGCCGUAUCUUCAAUUUUGGCUUCUGAAAAAAGUAAA